UCUGUGAUCCUUGCAAGGAGAAACAAGUGAAGAACGAAAUCUGACAUCUGCUAGGUGUUGUGUUUACAUCUGAUAUACAUUUUUUUUUUUUUAAUUGUGCCUUGAGAAAUGACGUCUGAUAGCCGAAGGCUGAUUUAUUACUUUUUAUUUAAAGUUUCGGGAAAACACCCUUUAUGAGCUCCCUCUUCGUAUUGUAAAACAAGACGCAAUGGAAUCUUCUGCGUUAAACGUGGCCCAUCAGCAGCACCGUAAAGCUGACACACAUCUCCGAUACAAACGGUUUGAUGAAGCUGUGCAGUGCCACCAAAAUGCUGCAUCAAUGUUGAAAGAAGCAAUGAAGCUUACUAGUGUAACUAGAGCUCUAGAAUCACUACAUUUACAGCAUGAUUAUCAUGUGAGACAGCAAGAAAUAAUAAGGUUGAAGAAGGAUCAGUUUGAAACAUUUAAGAGAGCUCUUGAAAAUAAGAAGAAGAUGUCCUUUAAGUUUGUGAAAGAUGAAAAUCUAUCUUCUCUGCAACAAGAGGAGGGAAAGAAUAAUCUUCAGUUAGCCAUUUACAAAACAAUGGAAGAAGCAGACUCUCUCUUGCAGUUGCUUGUACAUCAUGGUGAUGGAGGAAGUGAUGCUGAUGACUCACAAGAAACAUGUGCACAGCCAGUAGCGGCUGUUAUUGAGGGCAGCAAACGACCUAAGGAUGAACAAACAGUGAUUGAGGAACUUCGAACACUUAACAGUCAAUUGAGGGCCCUUGUAAUGCAGCUCAUCACUCAACUAGAUGCCAGUGUGCGUGAAACAGAGCGCCUGCAAUCUGUGGUGCAGAGAUUGGAAGCUGAAGCAGCUGCUCGUGAAAAUGCUCCGCCUGGAACAGGUAUAAUCAGUGAAACUAAUGGUACCUCAGACUGCCAUCACACAGUGACUGCAGGAUCUGCAGGUGGAAGUUCUCCUUUUGUGUUCUCUCCCUGUGGAGACCUGGAGGGUGAUGCGAAUUCCUCACCCCGUGAGCUGCCUGUUCUUGCACCUUUAGAAAUGCCAGAAUUUGACUUCUCUGUCUUCAGUAAGAGAGCUUCUUCCGAUAGUACACUUUGACAACUUCAGUAUAUUGCUUUCAUGAGCAUUAUAUAAUGGCUACAAGGUUGUGAAAAGUCUCUUAAGAUAUUAUGAAAUGAGUAUGUAUGUGACAGAGAGACAGAAGUAUAAAUUCUAGAAAAGUUGUAUGUAAAGGUGCCAAUAUUGUAAAUAACAAAGUUGUGUGUAUUUGCUACUACUUAUAUCACCAUCAUGUAUUUGAUACAUGAAGACAUUGUGUGACAAACUUUGACAUUGUCACCAAAUGUUAUAUCUCAGGAAUUACACUGUUAUUGCUGCAGUUUUCCGUGUGAGCUGCGUGUUGAUAGUAGCACACCUUAAUUAUGUUUGAUUUUUCAAGUGCAAUUUGUAACACUUGUGGACUUGACUUGACCGGGAGGAAAUUCAGUGCUUUAUGUUUAUUGUUUUUCCACAAACCUGGUUCAUUGAAUACAAUUUUGUAAUAUUUCUAUAUAAUUUCCAAAUCCCAGAUUAAAUAUUUUUUUUGUUAUUGAA